GCGCGGCCGGAAGCGGAAGUGAGUGUGCUGGUAAUCAUGGUGCCGCCGGGGCGGGGAAGGAGGUGCCUCCGCUGCCGGGAGCUCGAUGAGUCGUUCCGGGCCGGGAGCGCGGUGUGGCAGUGAGAGGCGGUGACCAUGGGGGAGAACAGUCCCGACGGCAGCGCUAUCUAUUAUGAAACGGAAGAAGACGAUUUAACUCAAGAUGGCAAUAUGAUGAGGUUUGCUGAGAAAAACGGCCUGGUGUCUUCAUCGUCUGGGACGGUGUACGACAGGACAACUGUUCUGAUAGAGCAGGACCACAGCGUGUUGGAAGAUGAUGAGGACGAAGGACAAUGUGGUGAUCACUUGCCUUUUUUACCGGAGGGUCACGAAGAAGGAUUUCAUUUAAUAGCAGAUCAUGAAGGAAUGUCCCAGGGUUAUGUGCAACAUAUUAUUUCUCCAGAUCAGAUUCACCUAACGAUAAAUCCUGGUUCAACUCCUAUGCCAAGAAACAUCGAAGGAGCAACACUCACUUUGCAGUCUGAAUGCCCAGAAACUAAGCUUAAAGAAGUGAAGAGGUACCAGUGCACCUUUGAGGGCUGCCCACGCACCUACAGCACUGCCGGGAACCUGCGCACUCACCAAAAGACGCAUCGUGGGGAAUACACUUUUGUCUGCAAUCAAGAGGGCUGUGGCAAGGCCUUCCUUACCUCCUACAGCCUCAAAAUCCACGUUCGAGUGCACACUAAGGAAAAGCCGUUCGAAUGUGAUGUGCAGGGCUGUGAAAAGGCAUUCAAUACACUGUACAGGUUGAAAGCACAUCAGAGGCUUCACACAGGGAAAACGUUUAACUGUGAAUCAGAAGGCUGCAGUAAAUACUUCACAACGCACAGCGACCUGAGGAAGCACAUUCGGACACACACAGGAGAAAAGCCAUUUCGGUGUGAGCAUGACGGCUGUGGAAAGGCGUUUGCUGCAAGCCACCACCUUAAAACACAUGUUAGGACACAUACUGGGGAGAAACCCUUCUUCUGUCCCAGUAACGGCUGUGAGAAGACUUUCAGUACUCAGUAUAGUCUCAAGAGUCACAUGAAAGGUCAUGAGAAAGGCCAUUCCUAUAAUGCACUUCCCAAUAACAACGUGUCUGAGGAUACAAGCCACUCACUUUGUCUGAGUGACUUAAGCCUCAUAUCAACAGAUUCAGAAUUGCGGGAGAACUCUAAUCCAACACACGGACAAGACCUGAGCACAAUCUCACCAGCAAGUAUCUUUGAGUCGAUGUUCCAGAGCCCAGACCACACUGCGAAUCAGGAUGACUCUCAGCAGACAGCUGCCUUGAUUGAAGGUUUUAACGGGGAUGCAGACUCAGUCACUGCUGUUCCGCCUUCUGUGGGAGACUCAGCGUCUCUGUCUCUCCCACUCGUGCUGCAGCUCGGCAUCUCGGAGCCUUCGCACCCAGCACUACAAGCCUCAGCAGCGCCGGCUGCGCCCUCCUCCAUAGGAACCAGCUCACAGCAAGCUGCGUUUGGAAACCCUGCAACUGUUUUACAGUCCCCAGAAGUGCCUGUUCCUCACAGCACACAGUUUGCAGCCAGUCACCAAGACUUCCUGCAGCACACUCAGACGCCGCCGCAGCCCAUCGUACCAGGACUUUCGGUGGUUGCCGGGGCAUCUGCCCCAGCAGCCUCUGGUGCCACUGAGCCCCUGCCAGCUGUAGUUCAGACUGUGCCUGUUGGUGCAAACUCGGUCCUGACCAGUAAUCCCACUAUAACAAUUACUCCUUCUCAGAGCACCGCGAUUCUGCAGUCCAGCAUCGUCAUGGGAGAGCAGAACUUGCAAUGGAUCUUAAAUGGUGCCACUGGUUCUCCACAAAGCCAAGAACAAAUGCCACAAGUUCCAAAAGUAGUAGAAAAGGUGUUUUUUACCACUGCAGUACCAGUAGCUGGCAACACAGGAAACGCUGUUCAGCAGAUUGGUCUCAGUGUCCCUGUCAUCAUCAUCAAGCAGGAGGAGGCCUGCCAGUGCCAGUGUGCCUGCCGAGACUCUGCCAAGGACAAAGCCACCGUGAAGAAGGAAUGUUCCUCACCUGAUACAAAAGCUUUGGAGCAGCCAGCUCCCCAGCUGCAGCCUCAGACCUUUCCUUCCUCCUCCCCUUCUCCUUCCUGUGGGCAGGGCGGUCAAGUAGUUACCCCUCCAGACUCGCAGACUGAAACGCUAAGUGCCAUGGAUGUAUCAGACUUCCUGUCCCUCCAAAGCCCUGAAACCCCAUCGAAUAUAAUUCCAAUCGAAGCACUACUGCAGGGUGAGGAAGAACUUGGUUUGAAUAGCAGCUUCUCUAAGUGAAGAUGUUCCAGAUUUUCCUUUGCACCCGGAGGGUAAAACCCUUCUCCUUUAGAAGCAGAAACUGAAGGAUCGAUUCUCUUUCCUUCCUCUUUUUGGAAGUUUUGUGGCUUAUUUCUGCUUCACAGAUGUCAUCUUAGUCACGUCCCAGGUACAUCCAUCUUUGAGAAUCUAUCUUAAAAAAAGAAAAGGAAAAAAAAAAAAGAAAAAGCUAAGUUAUAUAUGAACUGUUUUGGCUGCACUGUCUGUCACUUUUGCUUGUCAUAUGUGAACACAGAAGUUAAGGUUACUCGUGUGCAAAAAGAUUUUUAAAAAGAAAAAGGGGGGGUUAGUUUGUCUCCAAUUGCACAUCACUUACGUUUGGGAUUAAGGUACUGGCAGCGAGUGGGUCUUUGUUACAACUCCUUGGGUCUAUAAUUUUCUUCUGUCUCUGAUGUCUGAUACUAACCAUGCACUAUAAGGGGAGCCCAGGAAGGGAAUUUGCUGUAGUAGAAAAUGGCAUUAUUGUAGAAGAUGAUUGAUCUGCAAUUUUAUUGGGAUGGGAUUGUCACAUCACGGAGCUGGGAGCCGAUGCCUGGGUUUGCUUUGUAGCUGCGCUGUUACUAAAGCCUACAGAAACUUUGUGGAGUUUAUUUCAAGUAGAGCACAAGUACCUUGUGCUCCUGCUAGAUCUGUUCAUUUAAUUUCGUUAGGACUUGGAAGUGUGGUGGCAGACACUGUUUCACAGCACGGAAACACGCUCGGAGCCCCUGCUUGCUCAGGCUGGAGGCUGGUUCUUUGCCUCUCUCGGUGUGGUCAGAGCGGUGCCGGCUGCUCUUGGGAUUUAGCUGGCUGUUCAGAAACAAAUCAUCCUCUUACCCCGUGACUGUUCAAAUCAGGAGCACGGUGCCUUUGCAGGUUACUCUCAUCUUUUGUCAAGAAGAGCUCUAGGAGAAUUCUCAGAAUGGUUGAACAUAAGUUCCGUUUGAAUUCAGUGAGUCUGUCCUUUUGGCUGUCCCUAAAUGCUUCCUUUUUUUUCUGUUCAGCUAUAUAAUUUCUGCCUGAAAUCUGCCUCCAACCUACUGCAAUGCCAGCUUUUUGUGCACGGGGCUAUUUCUUGACUAAAAGAUGUUACACAGCAUAGUAGUUUUUCAUAUCAAACUGAAAGUCUAUAUUCUAACCUACUCAGGGUAAAAUAAAACACAAACCCCCCUUCCACCAAAAAGCCUGUAAUGUUGCAAUAAAUGCAGUCUCAUUCUAAA